UCACGUGCGUCUACGUAAAGCUGGCGCUCCGGUGUCCUGGCGGAGAAGAUGGCGGCUCCGGGACCGGGGGAGUACUUCAGCGUCGGGAGCCAUGUCUCUUGCCUCACCUGUUUAGGCCAGCGCUUGCAGGGAGAGGUGGUGGCUUUCGACUAUCCGUCCAAGAUGCUGACUCUGAAAUGCCCUUCCUCCAGCGCUAAGCCCAACCUCAGCGACGUCAUCUUGGUGAACCUAGCCUAUGUUUCAGACGUGGACGUCAUCAAUGACCGCACUGAGACUCCUCCUCCUCUAGCAUCCUUGAAUAUUAGCAAGCUUGCCAGUCGGGCAAGGACAGAAAAGGAAGACAAGUUGUCCCAAGCCUAUGCAAUCAGUGCUGGGGUGUCCGUCGAGGGCCAGCAAUUAUUCCAGACCAUACACAAAACCAUCAAAGACUGUAAAUGGCAGGAGAAGAACAUCAUUGUUAUGGAUGAUGUCGUAAUCUCGCCACCAUACCAGGUGGAGAACUGCAAAGGCAAAGAGGGAAGUGCUCUAAGUCAUGUACGCAAAAUUGUUGAGAAACAUUUUAAAGAUGUGGAAAGCCAGAAGUCGAUGCCGCGCACACAAGCACAGCAAACACAGAAGGACUCGUCUUUAUCCUCCUGAGUGGGGGGUAUGCUCAUCCGGGGAGGGCACCGCAGGCAUCAAGGGCCUGAGAGCUGGUGGAAGCCGGCGCUCUUCUCCUCCUCUGCGGCGCGGUCCGAGGGUGGAUGCACCGAGGGCCUAGGGUCUGGAAGAUCAACAAAAGAAACAAA